UGGUGUAGAUACAUACAUACUACAGACACACAUAGGUGCAUACAGUACGGGAUACGACUGCUGCGGUAAAAAAAAAAAAAAAAAAAAAAAAAAAAAAAAAAAAAAAAAAAAAAAACUCUUGCAGCAAGCAACAUUGGGACCGGUAGAUCGGCAGAUCGGCAAUGGACGGGAGCGCGGCAGGAAACGGCUCGGCCGGAUUCGCCCUCCUUUUCACCCUCUUUGCCUUCUUUCUCCCCAUCCUCUUCUACUUCCCGCCCGUGCCCCCCUCCAAGCGCGAUGCGCUCCUGGAAACACAUUCCCCGGUCGGCCUCGGGCCAUCAUCAGCAUCCGGGCUGCCGGGGAAGCGGACGACGAGGACGAGGACGGGCCGCGGUGCCGCCGAGGACGACGCCGAGGGUGACGCCAAGGGCGGCGGCGGCCCCAGAAUCCGCAGCCUCUGGAUCUACCCGCUCAAGUCGUGCAGGGGCAUCGAGGUGCGCCAGAGCAAGGUGCUGCCGACGGGGCUCGAGUUCGACCGUCUGUACGCCUUAGCCCAGCUCAAAGAGAGCCCGUCGUCGCCCUCCCCGUCGGCGGCCGGGAGGGGCGAGAAGGCGAGCGAGACGAAAGGGGAGCGCCGCCGCUCGUGGCACUUCAUCACCCAGCGCCAGUUCCCCUUGCUCGCCACCGUCGAGGUCGACCUCUUCGUCCCCGACGCGGCCAAGCGGCGGCCCCGCGCCGGGCAGCAGCAGCAGCAGCAGCAGCCACCGUCGUCGGACGCCCCGGACGCCCCGGACGCCCCCUUCCUCCUCGUCCGCUUUCCCUGGCGGGAGCCCGGCCUGCUCGGGCUGGUGUUCGGCCACCUCGGGGCCAAGCUGGCGCGGGGCUGGCGCGCCCGGCCGGAGAAGGAGUUCGUGCUGCCCGUGGCCUUCCCCUCGCCGGCCGAGGCGGAGGCGCGCGGCUACGCCUACGAGGAUCUGACCAUCUGGCGCGACACCGUGCCCGCCCUCAACAUGACCGCCGACCUUGCCCCGGAGCUGGCCCGCUACCUCGGCGUGGCCGGGCCCCUCGGCCUCUUCCGCGUCGACCCCGCCCGGCCGAGGGAGGUCUACCGUUGCGCACCGUCCCGGCAGGCCGCCGGCUACCAACCCGUGACCGGGUUCCAGGAUGCGUAUCCCCUGCAUCUCCUGAAUCUGGCGAGCGUGCGGGAUUUGGAUGCCAAGGUCGACAAGGACGAGGACUUCCGGGAGCUGGACCCCAGGAGGUUCCGGGCCAAUAUCAUAGUGGACGGCGACGAGUCCCCGUACGACGAGGAGAGUUGGAAGAAGAUCCGGUUCAAGCCCGGGCCCGAGAGCAAGCGUGGCGCUUCGACUUUUCACGUCUCUUGUCGAACGGUUCGCUGCAAGAUGCCCAACGUUGACCAGGACACCGGGUAUCGGCAUCCCGUCCAACCAGACAAAGCCCUGAGGAAGUUCAGGGAGGUAGACGCGGGCGCUAAACAUAUGGGGUGCCUGGGAAUGCAACUCACCCCUCUGUUCCCCAGGACUGACGCGCCGGAAAGCAUGGAGAGUUGGGUCGAGGUUGGUAUGUCGGUUGAGGUGCUGGAACGUGGUGACCAUCUGUAUAUUCCACAAUAGCCCCGGUGUCCCAACGCCCUGGCAGAAGGGAGAACAGGGGCCAGGACAUCUGGAAAGUGUACGCAAUAUUGUAUGGUUUACUGGGGAGGAGACACUGUAGAAUAGAUCAAAAUCGAGGACAUAAAGUGGCUGAGGCGGUUGUAAUAGACCAAAGAAAUACACUCGAUAAAGAAAAAAAAAAAGGAAAACAACAUAU